GCCGAUUGUAGGAAAGAGAUACGAGUACGUGGAACUUUCACAGCUGAACUAGUCGAUAAGAGAAAAACUAUAUUAAUUUAGAGAAUUAUUAAUUAAAUAAUAACAAAAUCAAUAAUUAGUGUGCAUUAGGUGUUUUAUACAAUUUUUGCAUAUUUGUUAAACUGUGAAAAAUAAACGUUUCAAUGUAAAGAAUCUCGUUAAGAAGUUUCGGUAAAAGAAGGAAGCUGUGUGCAUAUCCAGGAAGACAGACCGUCAGAUUUUACUAAAGCAAAACGAAAUAAAAGUAACAACAAUACAAAUACAAAAGAGCACACAGAAACAACAAGAGAGUGGCCAUCAUUGAAGCUGGAGCAAAGUGCAGCAAAUCCAAACUUGUAAGCCAAUUUCAAAGCAGGCAAGUUGUUGACAACAUAAAAAAUGGCACCCACACGACGUCCCAGCGAUGGUUUGCUGGCACGAGUAAAUUUUCCACUUUAUGCUGUUGAAAUGUUAACUAGUCGCCAUGUACUUGUGGCAGGUGGUGGCGGUUCAGCGAAAACAGGCGUAGCUAAUGGAUUUGAAAUCUACGAACUUUAUCACAAUGGCACACAUUUCUGUGCUGAAGAGGUUGUGCGGCAUGAGACCGGUGCCAAUGUAGUUAUGAAUUUUGCUGUGCGUAAUGAUGGACGACGUUCUUACCUAUGUGCCGGACAGGAAUCACAUUGCCAAUUGUAUUUCGUCAAUCCACGCAUAGUUUAUGAGGGACAAGAAGAUGCUACAAUAGGUGGAGAGGAAAGACGACAGAGAACGAAUAGUGGUACGGAACAUAUAAAUGAAAAUGGUGUGCGUAGACGUGCCGGCGCAGCAGCACAACAGGGUUCAGGUGUACAAGAAUUGCCCAAUGGACACGCAACGGGUGCGUCCAAAAAGGCUAGUGAUCAGAACGCUAAUUUGAAGCGUAUACGUUUUGAUAUUAAAGCUGGAGAUUCAGUGCAAACAGAUUUUCUUACAACCGAACCAUUACAACGUGUUGUACGUAUCAGUCCAAAUGGACGUCUUAUGGCAACUGGUGGUACAGAUGGUCAUUUGCGCAUUUGGACAUUCCCACAAAUGGUGCAGCGUAGUGAUGUAGAAGCACACACAAAGGAAAUCGAUGAUAUGGACUUUAGUCCCGACUCAAAAUAUGUGGUCACAAUCUCGAAAGAUGGCCAAGGCUUGGUGUGGGACGUGGCAAGCAUGAAACAGCAACACCAACUUAAAUGGCCUACACCCGAGGGCGCUAAAUAUCUGUAUAAACGUUGCCGAUACGGCACCAUUGAGGCGCAACGGGACAAAUAUCGGCUUUUCACAAUUACCAAUCCGUUGGGUAAGGUGGGUAAGCAACGCGGUUUCCUGCAGCAGUGGGACUGUAUUAGCGGCCAGCUGCGUAGUGCAGUGCCAGUCGAUGAAAGUUUGGCGUCAUUGGCCGUGCGUGAUGAUGGCCGUUUCGUGGCAGUGGGUACAAUGUUUUCGGGUAGUGUCUCCAUAUAUAUUGCCUUUAGUUUGCAGCGUGUUCUACACAUUCCCAAUGCGCAUUCAAUGUUCGUGACGGGCUUACAAUUCUUACCAAUAACAAACGAAGAGGGACCACCGAUUUCAAGCGAUACGGAAGCGGCGGUCCUCUCAAUUUCCGUUGACAAUAAAGUAUGCAUACAUAGUUUGCAGCAACGACGCACCAUACCUGCCUGGGUAGCUAUUUUACUCAUUAUUAUCGUGCUAUUCGGCGCCUUUACAUUGUGCUCGUACAUAGGCAUUUAAAUACACACAAAUAUGUGGCAUUUAAUUAAGUGAAAUAAAGAUAGAAUAACGUGGAAGCGCAUAACUCGUCGACUAAAAACAAAAACAAUAUAUCGGAAAAAAAAUCGUUACUACACACUAAGUGCUUACAGUCCAAAAUGAGCAGUAGAGAAUAGAAAUAAAGCAAAAAAGCGUUUCAACUUAAACUUUUGUCAAACAC